AUGACACACAAGUCCAACAAGGAGAAGGAGAAGAAGGACACAAAGAAGAGCAACAAGUCGAAGAAGCCGCACAGCAACGCCCCCAAGGGCGGAAAAACCAAACGGCAGAAGGUGGUGGUGACGACGACGGCGGUGGCCACGACGGCGGCGGAUGAACCCAAGUCGAAGGCGACCACGAAGGUGGCCACGAAGGUGGCGAAGCACUCGAAGAAGCCUAAAACCAAUGAGGGUAACAAGGGCAGCAAAGUUCACGGAGGCGGAACUCCCAAAAGCAAAGCCAAGGGCGGGAAGUGUCACAAGCACAACAAGGACGGCCACAAACCUCAUCACCACCACCACAAAGACCACAAAACACAUCAACAUGGAACUCCCAAGCACAAAAAGGAGAAGAAGGACAAGAAGGACAAGGAGAAAGAGAAGGGCGGCGAGGUGGACAUCGUCAAGGUGUCGCGGAAGAUGAAGGCAAAAGACAAGGACAAGGAGACGAAGAAGAAGAGCAAAGCCGAGGACGAGGUCCCUGAUAUGGGCGAGCAGUCGGUGGAAGCCAAAGAGGCUAAAGAGGCGAAGAAGGUGGUCGAGAAGGCCAAGGUCGAAGGAGGAGGUGAACUCCCGAAGAAGAAGGUCGACGGAGCGGGCUUUGAGGAGCGGCCCAUUGAGCCGGGAGGGCUGGCCGUCACCGAGGCCUCCUGCCGAGAGCCGUCUCCGGCGGAAGUUGGUGGUAAAACUCCCGCAGCCGUUCCAGCAAAGAUGAUCACCACAACUCCGCUAGACCUUAAACUUCCACAAAAGGAGCCGGUCAAAACCGAGGAUGAGGAAGAGGAGGAGGAGGAGGAAAAGCUGAAUGAGAUCUCCGUAGAGGACGUGCCUGUGAAGAAGGAAACACCCCCGCCAACUCCUCCUCCUCCUCCUCCUGCAUUUGCAAUUCCUGCCACUGCGCCUCUUUUGGACACAGCAAAAACGACCUCCACCUCCCCUUCACCCUCACCACCGACCACUCCACUCAUAUCACCACAACUGUCACCUCAGGCGCCAAAGACCACCGUUCCGGCGGAGUUGGCUGUCAAGGGAACGCCCCUUCUGGGGGCCGUCGAGGGGAAGAAGGAGGCCUCGGUCAAGUGCUCCAACCGAUCGGCCGAAUCUUUCCAGUCGGUCGAAGGUGAUGGUGAACCGCCAAAGAAAGAGGAAGUGCCAAAGUCAAAGGUCGAGGAGACCAAAAAGGAUGAGACGGCUAAAAAGGAGGAACCGAAGAAGGAGCAGCCGAAGAAGGAGGAACCGAAGAAGGAGGAAUUCAAAAAAGAAGAGCCGAAGAAGGAGGAACUGAAAAAAGAAGAGUUGAAAAAGGAUGAACUGAAAAAAGAGGAACCAAAGAAGGAGGAGCCGAAGAAGGCUGAGGAGCCAAAGAAGGAGGAAGUUAAAAAGACGGAAGAGAAAUCCAAAGAACCUUCUAAAAAGGAAGAGGCAAAGAAAACUCCCGAAAAGGUUCCAGAGUCUUCUAAAAAGGAGGAACCGUCUAAGAAGGCUGAUGAGGCUGCAAAGAAGUCCAAAGUCGAGGAGGCAAAGCCGAAAGGCGAAGAGGUCAAAAAGAAAGAAGAGGGCGCUCAGAAGAAGGAGGCUCCUAAGGAGGGGGCGUCCAAAAAGGACGAACCAUCUCCUAAGCCGAAGAGCAAAGCUGAGGAGAAGCCAAAGGCGGCCGCUGAACCAGGAGGCAAAAAGGAGGAGAAGAAGGAGGCGACUAGCAAGAAGGAGGAUCCAGCGGCCAAGAAAGAUGCUCCAAAGAAGGCGGAGCCGUCGAAGAAAGAGGCCGUUUCGAAGAAGGACGCUCCACCAGCUCCUCCUCCAACUGCAGCUAAAACUGCCGAUGACAAAAAGCCUGCGGAAGCUGCUCAAGCGAAGAAGGUUGAAGAGCCUAAAAAGGAUGCCGCGACAAAGAAAGAGGACGCUACUAGCAAAAAGGAACCUCCUCCAAAGGAUGCAAAGAAAGAGGAUGCAGGAUCCAAAAAGGAUCCACCGCCAAAGGAUGAAAAGAAGAAGGAGGACCCCAGCAAGAAGGAUCCACCCAAAGGUGAUCCUGCAGCUUCUAAGAAAGAUCCUCCUCCUAAGGAUGCUGGAGCCAAGAAGGACCAACCUCCAUCUUCAAAAGGAGGCAAAGACCCCCAGCCGGCGAAGAAGGCGCCGGAAACUUCCAAAAAGGAGGGCACUCCUGCGGUGGCGGCAGCAACGACAGCAGCAGGAGCAAAACCGGAAGCCACCAAAAAAGUGGAGCCUCCAAAGGACGUCGCCAAAAAACCGGAAGCAGCUGCUCCUCCACCAGCUAAAAAGGAAGAGGAAGCAAAGAAGGCGGCGGCGGCGGCGCCACCCGUUGAUGCAGCCAAAAAGACGGAAGGCAAAGAAGCUUCAGUGGGUCCUGGAGGAGGUGGUCCUGGUGGCGCCAAAGAAGCCGCCAAAGAGGGUGAAAAGGAGGAAGAAGAGGAAGAGGGCGAAGAAGAAGGCGGUGAAGAGGAAGGUGAUGCCCAGGGAGCAGAUGGUGGUGAAGGAGGAGGUAAGGGAUGA